GACUCAUCAAAUUGUGUAUUUUGUAAUGUAUCGCUUCAAGUGCUAAGUGGCAACAAAUUGGUUGAUAAUCUUAUUAGAAAAUCGCUUACUUUAAAAGUCAAACACCGAAUAGCAUAUAUUCCAUUUGAGCAAUUCACUAACAUUGAAUAUCUUGCCGAAGGUGGAUUUAGUAAAAUAUAUAAAGCUUUAUGGAAAGAUGGACCAAUUAUUGGAUGGGCUCUAAUAGUGAAUGUUUUAGACGAUAAUGAAGUUUAUGGUAUCAUUCCAUAUAUUGCACCAGAAGUAUUAAGAGGCGGGAAAUUGACCACAGCAUCAGAUGUAUAUAGUUUGGGGAUGAUUAUGUGGGAAAUUACAAGUGGUCAAAGACCAUUUUCUGAGCGUAGUCAUGAUGUGCAUCCUAUCAAUGAUAUUUGUGACGGUAUUCGUCCACCGGUCAUUAAUGGUACAACAAAACCAUAUAUUGAAUUGAUGAUGAAAAGUUGGGAAACUGAUCCAUCUAAGAGACCAGCUGCUGAUAUGGUUGCAAAAACUAUUCGGGAGAUGACUUGGGAUGGUAAAACCAAGCUUCCUAAUAUUAAAGGCACAAAAAUUGCAGUCCAUCCAGAUGCUGUAUUUAAAA